AUGGAGAAGAAAAAGGCAGCGGCGGCGCGAUCCGCUCGCAAGGAGCGAAAGUCCCAUGGAGCCGCGCGGAAGCGGGCGCGGAGUGGCGACUGCGACAUGAAUGCCGGCGAUUUCAUCAGCCGCCUCCCGGACGCUGUCCUGGGCACCAUCAUCUCUUUACUCCCCACCAAGGACGGCGGCCGCACGCAGAUCCUCUCCCGCCGAUGGCGCCACCUAUGGCGCUCUGCUCCUCUCAACCUCGAGGUCAUCACCGGGCCUCCCGGACCCUGUCCUGGGCACCAUCAUCCCUCCGCGGUCCACCACUCCACCGUCUCCAAGAUAAUCUCCCAACACCUUGGCCCCGCCCGCCGAUUCUGCCUCAAGCACCUGAUCGACGGCAACCUCCCUGAGAUGGAGAGCUGGUUGGACUCCCGAGCCAUCGUCAACCUCCAGGAACUCGACAUCACCAAUUACGCUGGAUAUAAGACCGGCUAUACAUUGCCGCAAUCCGUGUUCCGCUCCGCAUCCACACUUCUCGUUGCAAAGAUAAUGGGUUGCAAUUUCCCGGACGCGAUCACACGCUCCAUGAAUUUCUACCUCCUCAACCAGCUUUCCUUGGAUUGUGUUUCGGUCUCGGGGGAUGUGUUCCAUGGCUUGCUCUCCGGCUGCCAUGCCUUGGAGAGCUUAGCCAUGCUCGAAGUUCAUGCUACUGGUUGCCUCCGUGUUAGCUCGCCAACUCUUAGGAGCAUUGGCUUCCGCAAAGGAUCUCGUAAAAGAGCCGAAUUGGUCCUCGAGGAUACUCCUCGCCUUGAAAGGUUAUUAUUACCGUAUUGUGACCGGAAUAAUUUUGUGACUAUCCGGGUUAUUUGGGUGCCUAAACUGCAGAUAUUUGGGCCUUUCUCAACAGGCGCGUGCGAACUCCGGGUCUUCCAGGGAAUGAGCCCCGUCAGCUCGACAAACUCGAUAUGCACUGUGAAGGUUUGGGCCCUCGGGUGUUCUGAACAUCAAUUGCAUGCAGUUCUUGACGUCCUCACGUGGUUCCCCUGUUUGGAAAAGCUCUAUGUCACAUUUCACGCACACUAUAGGACGUUUAAGCAAAAUGAGCAUCAGUAUGACCCACUACAUCCAGUGUGCCUUCAGACCCAUCUAAAGAGAUACAUAGUGGUGUUUAAGUUAUUCAAAGGCUCUAAGCAACAGAUUGAGUUUGUCAUGUUCUUUAUUUUGUAUGCCAAAGUCGGAAACAGAGCUUCUCGAUAUGCUCAAUUUAAAUUCAGGAAUACUAGUGGUUGUACUGAUGACCAUGUCACCAAGCAUAUCCACGAUUUGUCACUGGCUGACCCCUUCAGACUGCCUUAGACAGGGUUGAUGGCUGAAGAUUGCACUGUCUUGUGCUCAUUUUCUAGAUGGGGUUGAUGCAAAAAGAGUAAACUGCUGAAAUGGGUAGGAAUGCAACAAAAAAAAAACUGCGGAAAAUUGUAAUCCCAUCCGCCAGAACUCCUCUGGCCCUGUGCAAUUUGUUUCUUUUCUUUCCUUCCUAAGCUGGGCUAGAAACACGUGCUUGUGUUGGAAACUUAACUGUCCUUUCAGUUAUAUACCACAGUAUGAGAAGUUUAGUUGCGGAUUAGAUUUCUUUUCAUACACGUAGCAUAUGUACGAUGCUUAUGAAAGGUCAACCUGUACGCUAGGCACUAUGGUUUCUACCUAGGAAGUAGGCACUUCUGUGAUUUUCUAUUCCAGCAGGUUGAAGUUCGGCUAAUGAUCCUAGAACACAAUGGGGUUGCCUACUAGUAGUUGAUCUGUUACUAAAGUUUGAGUUUACUCAAAUUAAAUCUAUCUUGUCCUUG